ACUCUCCUCAAGGUAUAUAUAACCCAGGAGGAUCCUUCGGGAGGCUCAAAGGACUGACCGAGGAAGCAUGAAGACUCUGCUUGCUGUUUGUUUGCUGAUGGGGGCGGCUGCCGCCCUCCCCGGCCUUCGUCUGCGGCGCGACUCCUCGCCCGAUCUCUUCGAGGUGCCCUCCAACACCUCCCUGGUUCUUGGCGGCAUCAACACGGGCUUCGACUGCGCUGACCUCCCCUACGGCUACUACGCCGACGAGGCCAACAACUGCGCCAUCUUCCACGUGUGUCUGCCCUACAUCGACCACAACGUGUACAUCUCCCGCCACUUCUCCUUCAUGUGCGCGCCUGGUUCCAUCUUCGACCAGGAGCGCCUCGCAUGCACCCGCCCGAGUUCGCCGUCCCUGCGCAGGCGGCGAAGGCUACAGGACCUCCAACGGCUACUUCGGCCGGAGUGA